UGGACCUGAAGGUUCUUCUUCCGCGUCGCGUUACAUGCGUAAAUAUAUGGUUAUUUGAAAAUGCAAAGCGGCAAUGUUGUUUAUUCCCUGGUUGCCAAAAUGCAUCGAUAACGUUCAACUAAGCAGGCAGGAGUAACAGUUUAAUGCUAGUACCUGCUGGAAGUUGCUGGGUUCUGCCAUGUCAAUACAUCCGGACCAGGUUGCCUUCAUUGGGCAGGCGUUCGAGGCGUUUGUGAUGGAACACCACCAGAGUGAUCUUCUCCAGAUCCUGCAGGAGGCCGAGGAGGACGCGCACUAUCCCGUGGUGGUGAACGCCAUGACGCUGUUUGAAGCCAACAUGGAGAUUGCUGAGUAUUUCAUCGCCUUCCCCAGCGAGGUCCUGCCUGUCUUCGACCACGCCCUGCACAGGGCGGCCACUGCAGUCCUGCAGUCCUUCCCCCAGCUCUCUGGAUGCCGACUCAAACGGAACCUGCACGCCAGGAUCUCAGGUCUGCCGGUUUGCCCUGAGCUGACGCGAGAUCACAUCCCCAGGUCACGUGACGUGGGUCACUUCCUGUCCGUGACUGGCACCGUCAUCCGCACCAGCAACACCAAAGUGCUGGAGUUAGAGAGGGACUACAUGUGCAACCAGUGCAAGUACGUGUUCACAGUCCAGGCCGACCUGGAGCAGUUCUACAGCUUCAAGCCUCCCACCUCCUGCGCCAACGAGGAGGGCUGCGGCUCCUUUAAGUUCACCUGCCUGUCCGAAGGCCUGUCCUCUCCCGCUGGCUGCAGGGACUACCAGGAGGUCAAGAUCCAGGAGCAGGCCCAGAGACUCUCCGUGGGCAGUAUUCCAAGGUCCAUGCUGGUGAUCCUGGAGGACGACCUUGUGGACAGCUGUAAAUCAGGGGAUGACAUCACGGUGUAUGGCGUGGUUCGGCAACGAUGGAAGCCGCUGUACCAGGACACUCGCUGUGACCUGGAGAUAGUACUCCGGGCAAACUUUGUCGAGGUUAACAAUGAGCAGUCCACCGCAGCAUUGGUGUUAGAAGACGUUCAGAAGGAGUUUGAGGAAUUCUGGGAAAAAUACAAGGACAAUCCUUUAGAGGGCAGGAACCAGAUUCUGAUGAGCCUGUGUCCGCAGGUGUUUGGCCUGUAUGUUGUCAAGCUAGCCGUUGCCUUGGUAUUGUCAGGUGGAGUUCAAAGAAUAGAUGCUUCUGGAACAAGAGUCAGAGGCGAGUCUCACCUGCUGCUGGUGGGUGAUCCGGGCACUGGGAAGUCACAGUUCCUGAAAUAUGCCGCCAAGAUCACGCCACGCUCUGUGCUCACCGCUGGCAUCGGCUCCACCAACGCAGGGCUGACGGUGGCAGCGGUGAAGGACUCCGGGGAGUGGCAUCUGGAGGCAGGGGCGCUGGUGCUGUCCGACGGGGGACUCUGCUGCAUCGACGAGUUCAACAGCAUCAAGGAGCAGGACCGCACCAGCAUCCACGAGGCCAUGGAGCAGCAGACCAUCAGCGUUGCCAAGGCUGGCAUGGUGUGUAAGCUGAACACAAGGACCACCAUCCUGGCAGCGACCAACCCCAAGGGCCAGUACGACCCCAGCGUCCCCGUCUCGGUGAACGUGGCGCUGGCCAGCCCACUGCUGAGCCGCUUCGACUUGGUCCUGGUCCUGCUGGACACUAAGAAUCCUGAAUGGGACAGAAUCAUCUCCUCGUUCAUCCUUCAGAACAAAGCUCCUGGCACCGACGGCCCAGCCGACUCCCUGUGGGGCCUGGAGAAGAUGAAGGCCUACUUCUGCCUGGCAAAGGGGCUGCAGCCGCGCAUGACGGAUGAGGCGAGCUCGGUGCUGGCGCGCUACUACCAAGUGCAGAGGCAGAGCGAGGGUCGCAGCGCCGCCCGCACCACCGUGCGCAUGCUGGAGAGCCUCGGACGCCUGGCCGAAGCGCAUGCCCGGCUGAUGUUCCGGGAAACCGUCACAGUGGAGGAUGCGGUCGUGGUCGUCUCCGUGAUGGAGUGCUCCAUGCAGGGGGGCGCCCUCCUGGGAGAAGUGAACGCGCUGCACACCUCGUUCCCCGACGAUCCCUGCGAGCAGUACCGGCAACAGUGCAAAGUCAUACUGGAAGCACUGGGAUUGCAGCAUCUUCUCAGAAAGGAGCUGGGGAGGCUGUCACAGUUGAUUAAAAGAUGCAGGACCUCCAGCAGCCGAGCAGAGGGUCCAGUAGAUCCAGAAGAGCAGCCCUGUCACAACACGAGCUCUGGUGCUGCCCGGGAUGCCCAUUCUCUUCUACCGACUCUGAGCGGCUCAGAUCCCGCUUUGGAGUGGUUCCACUCGCUGUCUGGCCCGGUGGAGGCUGACGCUCCGAUACAGCUCUCGCCGAUUUCGGCAGCUCUGUCUUGUGUCCCCAACGAGGCCCCCGGCAGCCCGACAGAGAGGCGCGAGCAGCAGAUGACAGCCGCAGGAGACGAGCCCGCUGGUCCGCCGGAUGUGGCAAAGGGGACGACGUCUGUGAUGGAUAAGCUGUCCGAGAAGCUCCGAGGCAGGAGGCUCCAGGCCCUGACCUCCACACCCUUGCGGCCUGGGGCUCCAGGACCAAACGCUAAAGCUGGUGGGGAGCCAUUUGACCACCCGCCCCUGCCCUCCCACAGCACCCCCAUUGCUGACAAGAAACAGGCCACGAGUAACAGAGAUGCAGAGCAGAUCCCAUUACUCGGUGGCCACAGUGCACCAGGGACUGGGGAGACCGGGGACGACCCACACUCCAAACUCUCAGGGUUCAUCUUCCGGCCCAGGAAGAAGCUGUCUCACAUGUCCGACCUUGACAAUCCUCCAGGUGACUCGAGCUUAAGGGUGAAAGACCCUGAUUGCUUUCUGGAGAUGGAAAGAAAGGAACCGAAAGAAGCAGGAGGAAUCCUGGUGAACCAGUGCCCCAGGGGUGCAGAUAAGGAGCGGCCAGACACAGAGAGAUGGGCGGGGGAGUCGGAGAGAGUAGUGGAGGGAUCGUGGAAGCCGGAGAGAGCGGCGGAGGGAUCGCGGAAGCCGGAGAGGGUGGCGGAGGGAUUGCGGAAGCCGGAGAGGGUGGCGGAGGGAUCGCGGAGGCCGGAGGGGGCGGCGGUGGGAUCGCGGAAGUCGGAGAGGGCGGCGGAGGGAUCGCGGAGGCCGGAGAGGGUGGCGGAGGGAUCGCGGAGGCCGGAGGGGGCGGCGGAGGGAUCGCGGAGGCCAGCGGAGGCGGCGGAGGGAUCGCGGAGGCCGGAGGGGGCGGCGGUGGGAUCGCGGAGGCCGGAGGGGGCGGCGGAGGGAUCGCGGAGGCCAGCGGAGGCGGCGGAGGGAUCGCGGAGGCCGGAGGGGGCGGCGGUGGGAUCGCGGAGGCCAGCGGAGGCGGCGGAGGGAUCGCGGAGGCCGGAGGGGGCGGCGGUGGGAUCGCGGAGGCCGGAGGGGGCGGCGGUGGGAUCGCGGAGGCCGGAGGGGGCGGCGGUGGGAUCGCGGAGGCCAGCGGAGGCGGCGGAGGGAUCGCGGAGGCCGGAGGGGGCGGCGGUGGGAUCGCGGAGGCCGGAGGGGGCGGCGGAGGGAUCGCGGAGGCCGGAGAGACGCAGCAUGAGCACAAAGUUCAGGUUCAAAAUGGGGUCCAAAGCAGAAGAGCACAGACUGGCUGAAAGGCCUCAUAACCACAUGGAGAGGGGCCAGGGCCCUGCCGACCCAGCAGAGGGAGAGGAUGGGCGGGAGCAUAAGCGACAGAGACUGCUCCAGCGCCUGAGCAGCAUGGAGACGGGUGACAUCACAGCCCUGGAGGCCAGGCCCCCUUGCCCAGACCCCCCUCGGACAGUCUCCAGCUGCACCCUGGCCAAACUGUCUGUCUUUUCCUACACGGCCUCAGCGGACAAGCGAACCGAGCCGGCAGCCAGGGGCGCCGCACCCGCUGGAAAGAGUGGGAAAGACAGCUCCACAGAGGAGCAUGCUGGGAACCCCAGGAAGAGGAAGUGUUUCGAGUUCGGGCCGAGCGCGUCAAAGACGGUCUUCCCAGGCCGGUCCAUGUUCAACUGCACAGCUAUAGAUGAUGCUGAGCUGGAGGUGGACUGGGAGGAGGAGCUUGGCAAGAGAGUUAAAGUGUGACUGACUACUGUACCGGGUAUCUUCAUGAUGCCUGUAUUUCUGUUUUAUUUUUUUGUGUUUAUGUAAUGUAAAGAAAUAUCCUUAGCGCCUCUUUGUGCUGCAGAAUUUCCUCUAAGGCUUGGGCUGCCUUUAGAAAUAUGCAUUUAUUAAUUUUGUAAUUAUGUAUUAUACAUUCCCUAUUGUCUGCCUCUCUGCAAAGUCACCCCUGCCAAAACCACACAAAGGCCUUCUCUGUAUUUCCCCCGCCAGACCACAAACCCUUAUUGGACGCGGGACAAAAUCUCGGUUCCGGCUCGGACAUUCUGCGGUGACAGCUUGUCGCAUGGCGAAGUGCGUGUCGUCUGCAGAUGCAAGUGUCCUCCUCGAGGGAGCCCAGUGCAGCACGUACAGCACGCCACCGUCGUCAUGGCUACACUGGAAGAAUUCCACAAGGAGGUGCUAGGAAGACGGUGUUUAGCUCGGCGCUUAAUGAGAUCGGUUUUAAUGGCAGGGCUGUAACUGGACCCGGGGGAUGUGGUUUUGGUAGGCCAGAUCAAGGUCAGACUUGUCCCUAGCACCGAUGCCAUUUAGAAACCUCCAACACUUUUUCUGUCCGGAGUGUCAUAUAGGCAUCAAAACAAAAAGAAAGUGGGCCACUUAGAUGUCAUCACUCACGCUCUGAGUUGAGCACUGGGGUGAACCCUCUCUGAGGGGUGAGCUCCAUUUGAAUUUGCUGUAUUUCUAAGGUACUGGCCUGCUCACAGGAAUGAUAUGAUAUUUCGUGCAAUGGAGUAUUACCAUUGUCUGGCCUAUGUAGGUCAAUGCUUGGCUGUCAGAGUCGGGCGAGGGGGCCUGAGGAGAAGAUGAUGGAGUUUAUUUAGGGGGCAUGAUGACGGCUGGAAGCGGCACCCAGAAUGACGACUUUAAUGGCCUCUAACUUCCUGCAGAUGAGGCAAUGGCCUUAUUAAUAAUGAAUUAUUAUUGAUCGGAAAUAUUCCAGGCUGGAUGGGCUGUCCUCUGUAGCUUUAAAAUUUUAAAAAUCAUUAAAGGAUUUUUUUUUUCUUUUUCCCAAACCCUUUAAAGAAAAUCUGAUACGAUGGUUCUGAGAAGCUGUAGCUGUACGUUUCCUGCCCUGUCCGCAGCCUCAUGGCAGACAGCACUGUAAAUUGCAGUUAUUACCGGAUGAACAGCCUGCAUCCGCUGCAUCCUGCUAGUGGAUUGAAUUUUAUUAGCAUUGAUUUUUGCAUAUUAUGCAUUGAUUAAGCGAAUAUCUGAAUGCACAGAGCCGCACAGCAGGAUCACUUGAAUAUUUCAAUACUCUCAAUUAGUAAGAAAACACGAUACUGUUUACUCGAUGGCUACUUCAUACAUGGUCAUAUAAACUUGUUUUGAAAAUGCAAGUUUUUUCAUCAGUGACUUCUGCCUAAAUGAGCUCCUGUGUCUAUUUCUUUUGUUUUUGCAACUGUUUAAUGUUUUCAUGGGAAAUUAAUCUAUUGAGAAAAAUUACAAGACGCAAAUGCUAUGAGGAUCAUUACACGGAAAUGCUUUAUUUGCACAGAUUUAAAUAUUUAUGCAACUGAAUACUUGACAUACUUACAAGGACUUUCUUUCGAGAUUUAAACCUGUUUAUUCUUUUGUUAUUUACACCAGUACACCACAUCACCCAAUAAUUCAGAAUAUUAUUCGCCUUAUCUCUGGGUCCUUGUUAGCGACAUGCAUGUUAUCGCUGAAAUUUUUAUUGGAUUAUUGUCACUCGCACUCUGUAACUAAGCUGUGCUAAGAGCCUCUUAACUGAUUGCUGUGGCAGCUAAUGGAGACGCAUGGAUUGGUGCCAGGAGCACGUUUGGCUCUGCCCUGCUGGCUGACCGUUCCAUGUUUAUCUCUACUCCGAUGGUCACGCAAAGAGUUUUCUGUCUCAUGUAUGUGGUGUACGGUGAGGGUCUUUCCUGAACCGUUAAUUUUCGUGAAGAGAACAGUACCUCAGAUUCGCAAUGCUUUUUAUGCGAAGAGGAUAUGAGCUGCAACCAAAUAUUUGCGGAUUUGUAAUUACAAGUUUUUGUUUGAUCACGUUGUGAUGGAGAUCAUCCACCAGCUCCGUAAAAAGAGAAACCGUUUUUUUCUUGGGGAUUGACGAAUGUUUUUAUUUUUAUUCAUUGAAAAAAUUUGAAAUCUGAUAUCACAGUUUGAUGUCAUAAUGGUUACUGAGGUGGCUGGAUCAUUGACAAAUUGUUUAGGUUUUGGUUCCGUGUUUCAUAUCUGUACAAAGCCUAAAUUUGGUAAUAUUCUUCAUUAAAUGAGCUGAAGUAGAA